AUGUCUAUUUUCAGGGUUUCUCUAAAAAAAUUUAACUUGAAUAUAAGAUAUAUGUUUUUUUCCUCGUUAAGUAAAUUAAGUAAUGCUAAAGAUUAUUAUGAUGAAAUAAUAAAAUGCAUAAAAAAAGUAAAAGAAGUAAAUCCAUUAGUUCACUGUAUAACUAAUAGAGUUACGACUGAAAAAGUGGCAAAUAGCUUGCUAGCAUUUGGUUCAUCUCCUGCCAUGAUUGAUAAUCCUGAGGAAGUAGAGGAGUUUGCUAAAAUAUCAUCUGGUACUUAUUUUAAUUUGGGUUUACAUACAAGUCAAAUAAAUAAUAUAAAUGUAUUAGAAAAGUUAAGAAAGGAAAUAAUGAAAGAUGAUUUAAUUUUAGUAAUGGAUCCAAUAGCUGUCGGAGCAACAAAAUAUAGGACGAAUACUAUUAAAGAUAUAAUUUUAAGAUGCAAACCAGAUGUCAUAAAAGGAAAUGUAGCCGAAAUUUGUUAUUUGGAUAAAGAAAAAUUUGUUGGAAAGGGUGUCGAUAGUAAUAAUAAAGAAUUUAAUGAAGAAGAUAUAAUUGAAAGUGCAAUAAAAGUAGCUUUAAAAUAUAAUUGUGCUGUUGUUGUUACGUCAAAAUGUGAUUAUAUCGUAAGCAAAUGCUCUUCUUAUGUAGCUAAAAUUAAUUGUGAUUUAAAAAUUCUGACAAAAAUUACGGGAUCUGGUUGUUCAGUUGGUGCAUUAUGUGCAGCAGCAACUUCUGUAUUUUCCCAAAAUUCAUUCAUAGCUUGUACAACUGGCACUCUAAUUUAUAAAUUAGCUUCUUUUAAAGCUUAUCAAAAGGAAAAAUAUCCUGGAUCAUUAAAUCAUAAAAUUAUUGAUUAUAUUUAUUACUAUUCAAAUUAUCCUCAAUUUUUAAAUUUUCAAGUGUUAGAUAUUUACAAAGUCAUUUAA